AUGUCGGGCAUUGCCUCAGACGCGCAGCUCUUCGAAGACCACUUUCGGGUCGAACGGCUCAGCGAGCCCAAGUACGACCGGGUGGACCGUAUUUACUGCCAUUCCGAGGACAAGAGCAUCAGCAUGAGCCUCGACGUCAACAAGGAGCUGUUCCCCUGCAAGGUGGACGACGAACUGCACGUGGCGCUGGCGACGUCGCUGCACUACGACGGUUCCAAGGACGACGAGCGCGGCUGGCGCGACGUGGCCAAGGCGGGUGCUAGCGACGCCACGCUGGCCGACAUAUUCGACUACGUCUGCUACGGCAAGAUCUACAAGUUUGAGGAUGCCGAGGAUGGGAAGACCAUCAAGGCAUACAUCUCCUUUGGCGGCCUGCUCAUGUCAUUGGAGGGGCCAUACAAGAGGCUUACGCCCCUGCGUGUGGAUUACGUCUACCUCCUCGCCCGGAAGCGGUGA